AUGCGAUCACAUCAGAUGAACAUGCUUCUACUAAGUUUGGUUGUAUCCCUCUUCAUUCCACCCCGAAGGCAAAGACACGUUCGUCAGUUGAGGGGGAGAUAUGUGCUUGUUUCGAGAAUUCCUGCUCAAAUCAAGAACAUGGAUAGACUUACACGAGUUUCGGACCGAGAUUGUUUUAACAACUUGCGCAUGAAUAGGAAUACAUUCGGUCGCUUGUGCCGAGUUCUCCGACAAUACAGCGGCCUGACCGACUCACAGUACAUAAAAGUGGAGGAACAAGUGGCUAUGUUCUUAUGCAUCUUAUCCCAUCACAAGAAAACUAGAGUUAUUGGGUAUGAUUUCACAAGAUCCUCGCAUACGGUGUCUCGUUAUAUGCAUAACGUUCUAGGUGGUGUACUGCGACUCCACGAGAUCUUAUUUGUGCAGCCCGAACCUGUCCUGGAUAAUUGCACCGACCAUCGUUGGAAGUGGUUUAAGGGUGCCGUAGGAGCAUUAGAUGGGACGUACAUCAACGUGCGGGUGCCUAUUCAGGACCAACCAAGGUACCGUUCUCGGAAAGGACAAAUAUCAACCAAUGUUCUUGCGGCUUGUGACAGAUUUUUAAGGUUCACAUAUGUACUAACUGGCUGGGAAGGGUCGGCUGGAGAUUCGAGAGUUCUCCGUGAUGCAGUCUCAAGGCCAUAUGGAUUGCGCGUCCCUAGAGACACAUACUAUCUAUGCGACAAUGCAUACGCUAACAGCGAGGGUUUCCUGACACCUUACAAAGGGGUGCGUUACCAUCUCAAAGAGUGGGGACCUAAUGCGCACGUGCCUCAAAAUCUAGAGGAGAUUUUCAAUAUGAGACACACUAAAGCGCACAAUGUCAUUGAACGGGCCUUUGCCGUCUUGAAGAUGCAUUGGGGAAUACUAAGGAGUCCUAGCUUCUACCCGCUACAGGUUCAAGUGAGGCUAAUCACUUGCUGCUUCAUCCUUCACAAUUUUAUCAUGCGUGAAAUGGACGACGACCCAAUCGAGAAUGCACUCGAAACUGAUCUAGGGGAAAAUGUAGGAAGUGAAGAGCCUUGGGAGAACCCCAGUUAUGUCGACAACAUUGAGCCUACAGAUGCAUGGACUAACAAGAGAAGAGAUUUGGCAUUGCACAUGUGGAAUAACAGAAACGACGCUUAA